AAUUGUAAUCCUAGGUAUAGACCUAGUUUCCGCAAAUGUCUAUUUGUCCAUUUGUUAUGAUGAACUUUAACACGCACACUGAACAUGGCGAACAUAAGCUUUUUGUCAGGAUCUCUUUAUUCAACAGCCUUUUUUGGAAUAACUGUGUACAUUUUCUUUGUUGUGAUCCGAUUGUUAAUAAAAUAUCAACGAAUGCGAUAUUUUUUCGAUGCUUUGCCUGGAUACAGUACCAAACAAAAACAUUGGAUCCGUGGUAAUCUUCAUCUGUAUGUUAAAAAUGAUAGCAUAGACAUAAAUCAGAUAAAUACACUGACGCGAAGAUUUCCUCAGUUCUACUGUGUAUGGUUUGGACCUUUUAGACCAGUUGUAUCAUUGGUACAUCCAGAUUCGGUAAAGGUAUUGCUUAAGACCGCUGAGCCAAAACCUGUUGGUCAUGGACCAACAUACAGAACUCUGAUUCCAUGGCUUGGUGAAGGAUUGCUAAUAGCAGGAGGGUCCAAAUGGGCAAGAUCACGUCGACUUCUUACACCAGCUUUCCAUUUUGAAAUUUUGAAAGGAUACCAAACAAUCAACAACCAGUGCGUAGACAUACUAAUAGAUAUAAUGGAGAAGUAUGCAGAUACAGGAGAAAGUUUUGAUUUAUUCCAAUUGAUUAGUAACUGUACCCUAGAUAUUAUUUUCCAGUCAGCGUUUUCAUAUAAAACAAAUUGCCAGCUUGAUAGACUACAACAUCCCUAUUGUAAGGCAAUUACAGAGGUUACAAAACUUGCUUCUCGACGAAACAGAAAUCCAUUGAUGAUAUUUGAUUUCGUCUAUGAUAUGACUUCAGAAGGGAGAUUAUUCAAAAAGAAUUGCGACUAUAUUCAUAGUGUCGCAGAUAGUGUGAUUGAUAGUAGAAAGAAAAUACUGGAAAGUGGACAAAAGGAUGUUAAGAAGUAUUUAGACUUUUUAGAUAUUCUCCUUUCUGCUAAAGAUGAAAAUGGAAACGGAAUGAGCAAACCCGAUAUAAGAGCUGAAGUUGACACGUUUAUGUUUGAAGGGCAUGACACCACGACCAGUGCUAUAUCUUGGAUCCUGUAUGAUUUAGCAAAACAUCCAGACUACCAGAAAUUAUGUCAGAAUGAAAUCGACAAUGCACUUGGAAAUAAUCCUGGUUUUGUAAAAUGGGACGAUUUAGGAAAAUUCGAAUUUCUAACACAGUGUAUAAAAGAAGGAAUGAGACUUCACUCACCAGUCCCCUUAAUUUCAAGACAAUCCACAAAGGAGUUCACCAUUGAUGGAACUACUUUUCCUCCUGGGACUUUUUUCGGUAUCAACAUAUAUGGUCUCCAUCACAACCCUGCUGUCUGGACAGAUCCAAUGAAAUUUGACCCAAGUCGCUUCUCAAAGGACAAUGCUACACAGAUGGACUCUUUUGCAUUUACUCCAUUUUCUGCUGGACCAAGGAAUUGUAUUGGACAACAUUUUGCAAUGAACGAAGAAAAGACUCUUAUAACGAGAAUACUUGAAAGAUUUACAUUAGAACCUGAUCCUGACCAUCAAGUGUCUCCACAGAUGGCAGCUGUUAUGCGAUCUAGAAAUGGAAUCAAAUGCAUUGCAAAACGCAGAUAAGGACAAUAAUAAGACACUUUCACAACUGAUUAAACGAUAAAUAAAGAAUCUAUCAAUC